ACAACAACGCAAUUUAGUGAAUGUUGCGUUUCGAUUGUUCGUUUUUUCGAAGGCAACGCGUUUUUAAACAACUAUAUACAUAUCAUUUUGCUUCAAGGAUUGCCUCAGUUCGUAAAUGGAGUCGACUUAGAGCAUCUGGUGUCGAAAACUUUGCAGAAAACGGUCGAAAUCAUGCGAGAAGAUCUCUUAUUCUGUCGCGUCUUCGUUUUGUGAGUCGAUUGCAUCAGACUGUUGACAGGCGAGCGCAUGAUCACACACAGAGAUGGUUGUCAGUGUUGAGACGAUGGCAGUCAAAUAGACCAAAAGGUUUACAGAAUCAAUCAAAUGAGCCUGAGGGAGAGCAGUUCUGGCAACGUCUAUUGGCAUACAUUCUACUUGCAGCUAUUUUUCUUCUCUACAGCACGGGUGAUCCUGUACCUCAAGUCAGCUGGUCGGUCUUUCGUAGAGAAAUGUUGCAGAGAGGAGAGGUAGCAAAAUUAGUUGUCAACUCUAGCAAGGACAAAUGUUAUGUUUAUCUUCAUCAUGGAGCCAUUGUUCAUGAGAAGGAGAUUCACCGAGCUCCUCCUCACUUUGCGUUCAGCAUCAAUGGGGUAGAAAGCUUUGAGGAUCGUCUCAUUCAAGCUCAAAAGGAAUUACGAAUUGAUCCAUCAGGAUAUGUGCCAGUCAUUUAUGAGCCAUCUGACUCUAUCAUGAUGACGUUUGUUUCCAAUUUGCUUGGUGGCUUGGUCGCACUUGGUGUGUUGUAUUUGUUGAUGCGUGGGUUGGGCUCGAGGGGACAGGGUGAUGGGAGCAUCACAUCUAUGAUGCCAUUUACGAAAGCAAAAGCAAGAAUUAUAACUGAUUCUCUGGAAGUCAAGUUCUCUGAUAUUGCGGGGAUGGAUGAGGCAAAAUUGGAAGUGAUGGAGUUUGUUGAUUAUCUGAAAGCACCUCAAAGGUUUACUCAACUUGGAGCGAGGAUCCCUAAGGGAGCUUUGUUGACUGGCCCACCGGGUACAGGCAAAACACUUCUGGCCAAGGCUGUUGCCAGUGAAGCAGACGUUCCCUUUAUUUCUGUUGCUGGUCCUGACUUUGUAGAAAUACUUGGAGGUAUUGGAGCAGCUCGAGUACGAGAUUUGUUUUCUCAAGCACGAAAACUUGCUUCUUGUAUUGUCUACAUUGAUGAAAUAGAUGCAGUUGGACGAGCAAGAUCAGGCUCUGGGAUGGAUGGCCAGACUGAGAUGGAGAAUACAUUGAAUCAACUGCUGGUUGAGAUGGAUGGCAUUAACACUCUGGAGGGAGUUGUUGUGAUGGCUUCAACAAACAGACCAGAUGUGUUGGAUCAAGCAUUGUUGAGACCCGGUCGAUUUGAUCGUCAAAUUGCUAUUGAUCUUCCCACGUUGCUGGAAAGGCAGGCCAUCUUUGAAGUUCAUCUACGUGAUUAUCUGUUGGCACAACCACUGAAAGCAUAUUCUAGACGAUUGGCAGCGCUUACACCUGGUCACAGUGGAGCUGAUAUUGCCAACAUUUGUAAUGAGGCUGCUCUACAUGCCGCAAGGAAUCGUAAGAUGGCAAUCGACUCAGAGAACUUUGAAUACGCAGUCGAACGUGUGAUUGCUGGGAUGGAGAAGAAAAGCAACGUGAUGACACAGAAAGAGAGGGAAGUUGUGGCGUAUCAUGAGGCAGGACAUGUACUUGUAGGAUGGAUGCUGAAACACACAGAUCCUGUUCUUAAGGUCUCAAUUGUUCCUCGCACUAAAGGUCCACUAGGCUAUGCUCAAGUUCUACCAUCAGAUCAGAAAUUCUACAAUGCAGAGCAGUUAUUUGAUCGUAUGUGCAUGUUGUUGGGAGGACGAGCUGCUGAGGCUUUAGUGUUUCGUAGAAUAACGUCUGGAGCCCAUGAUGAUCUGAGGAGAGUGAGUGAGUUGGCGUAUACUCAGAUCCAAGUGUUUGGAAUGAAUUCAAGAAUUGGCCACAUUUCCUUCCCUCUCAGUCGAUCAAGCGACAUGGUGAAGAAACCAUUCAGUCAAAAACUCUCCAAGAUGAUCGACGAGGAAGUAAGGCUGCAGGUUAGUCAAGCAUACAGUCACACAGAGCAAGUAUUGAAGGAACACCAUGAUAAACUGCGCAAGCUGGCAUUGUCACUGAUUGAACGUGAGGUUCUCAAUUACGACGACAUUUGUCAUCUGCUGGGACCGCCUCCUCAUGCUGAUAGUAAAAUGUCACUCAUUGACUUUAGGAAACAAGUUGAGAGGAGCACACAUGAAGACGGCGUCGUGCAGCCAUCGCAAUGAUGAAUUAUAACAUCGACAUGUAGAUCACAUUGCAGUAAAGAUGUUUGAAUGUGCUUGUAAAUAUAAUCGUUAUAAUAAUUAUAUUUGAGUUUAAAUAUCUUUUUGGUGUUGGUGUAGUUGAUGCCUAUUCUUGUUUGGGUAUGACUCGCUGUACAUGCUUACGACUUGACUAGAGGUGGCGAUCAAUUAUCUAUAGCUGUGCAUGUGGUUGGACAGAUUGUGUUGGCCUGAUUGGCUGCAUUUCCAGACUGGUAGUAAUUUACUAUGCGUAUGCAUAGUGUG